AUGAAUUACAUGUCAGCCAACAUCAGGGGGGCGGGUGACUCCAAAAAAGCGGAGCACAUUAGGGUGCUGAAAAGAAAGAACGGGUUAGGAUUCAUAUGCAUUCAAGAAACUCAGAUGGCAAUUUCCACAAACGCUCAGGUCAGUGCUUUUUGGGAUAAUACUCCAUUUGAUUUUGACAUGGUUGAUUCUAGUGGUAAAUCGGGUGGAAUGUUGAAUAUUUGGGAUCCGAGUUUAUUCAUAAAAAAGCAAUCAGUCUCAAACAGAUUUUUCCUUGCAACUUUUGGGGAAUUAAAACAUGGGGGGGAAAAUAUUACGGUAGUUAAUGUUUAUGCGCCACUAGAUAAGAAAGCGAAAAAACAAGUAUGGGAUGAUCUAUUGGCUCUUAUUAGCUCCGCGUCGGGCAGGGGGUCAUGGAUAUUAUUAGGAGAUUUUAACUGUGUUCGUGAAGCAUGUGAAAGACGGAACUCCAAAUUCUGUGCUGAAUCUGCCAAUGAUUUUAAUUCUUUUAUUAACAGUGCUGCCUUAUCAGAAUACGCUAUGAUAGGUUGUCGUUUCACUUAUAUGAAGGAUGAUGGGCAGAAAUUCAGUAAAAUAGACAGGGUUCUUGUUUGUCACUCGUUCCUUUCCAGGUGGCCUGCUGCUAAACUCAUUGGUCUGCCCAGAUAUCGAUCGGAUCACAGACCGCUGAUGCUCAUCUGUUCAGACGUAUCUUUUGGCAAACCACCUUUUAGAUUCUUUAAUUCGUGGUUAAAGGAGGAUGGUCUUGAGAAAGUUGUUCACUCAGUGUACGUAAGUAUACCUCCUUUUCACCCACCGGAUAAAUAG